CGAUAAGAUUCAUUGAAGUCGUACCAAAGUACUCUUCGGAGUGCUGACAAGUCAAUGGACGAACUCCCUCCCCUCGAGCCACUCGAUGUCCUUCGAUUGGCAUUGAGACGCUCCUCCGAUCUCAUCACCAUCCUUGAAGCUCCUCCCAAUCCGGGGCUCUCUCGCGACCAUAUCCGCAAAAUCAUCGCUGCCGUCCUCUGGCACCGCAAGUUCCUCCUAACGUACUAUAUUGUGAUCGGAAUCUUCAUAGCUGUCACAUGCGGUCGACGUAUAUACGCGCAUGCGACGCGGAAAUCUACAAAGAGGAAGGAAAAUGGGUACAGUACAUCAGAUGCAUCCGAGACCGUCUCGUCAUCGUCCAGCACAUUGACAGGGACGUUAACACCGCCCAAGAAGGAUGACGAUGCAUACAAUACGGAGGACACACCUCUGCUGAGCAAAAGUGGUCCCAAGCAACGUCCUGGUGUUCUCAACGAGCUGAAGGCAGUCUUAAUGCAUCAGCCUGCACCAAUUACGGCAUUGACUUCACCUUCGAACGUCCUGCCGAACAAUGGAACGUCUUUACUCGUCCUGUGCUUCCUAGGAGUCAAUCUGUUCUACCUCUUCUUCCGGACCCCGUUAUCACUAGAAUGGAUCUUCAUCCUGGGCGAUCGAGCUGGUCUUCUCUUCAUGGUCAACUUGCCGGUGCUAUACAUUCUCGCAGCCAAAACCAAUCAACCCAUCAAAUUUCUGACUGGCUGGUCUUACGAAGGCCUUAACCUGUUCCAUAGGCGACUCGGUGAGUGGAUGAUCGUUUUCGGCGUGAUCCACAUGCUCGGAAUGCUCCUGGUCUGGUACAACGUCCUUCGUCCCUUGGGUUUCGAUUUCCUCCAAUACCUUUUUCACAAGACGGUCUUCCUGGGAAUCGCCGCCAUCAUCUCUUACUUUGUCAUUUACAUAACGAGCGUCGGCUGGUUCCGACAUCUAUAUUACGAAACAUUCCUGGGUUUGCAUAUAUCUUUCCAGGUGGCCGCACUUGUCUUUCUGUUCUUUCAUUAUCCGACAGCUCAGCCAUAUGUUGUGGCAACAUUGGCCAUCUGGGCGAUUGACCGCUUACUCUGGCGGAUGACUUUGUCAAGUCGAAAAUACAUCGCAACCUUAGAAAUCGCUCCCGACGAGCAGACCAUCUUACUACAUUGCGACAUAGACUUACGGCGCAAGCUGUUGGGUACUCGAAUCGGUCUGCACCACGGCUGGCUUCCUGGACAACAUGUGUUUCUUACAAUCCCUUCAAUGGGUUUCAAGUAUCGAUUUCAGGCACAUCCUUUUACGAUUGCAUCGGCUGCUCCACCAAGAAACACCACCAUGGAAAAGUGGCCACUUGAACUCAUCAUCCGCGCCAUCGAUGGCUUUUCAUUGGAUCUGCUGGAGUAUGCACGACAUCAUCAACAUUGCGAGAUCAUCCUCGAUGGCCCACACGGUGGAACAGAAGCUCUCGAGGCUGCUCAUCAUGCCGAUCGUGUCUGCUUUGUUGCUGGAGGCAGUGGCAUAGCAGUGACAUAUCCUCUUGCCUGGGAUGUUCGAGUCGAGGAAACAAUGCAAGACGGUGCCCUGGUGAGCACCCGGACCGUGUACCAAAAUGGUUCAAAGUUGAAGCAGUCAGUCCUUGAUUGUGGUCCUUCUACUGAUCCUAUGAGAUACGCCCAUCUCUGGGUCCGACAAGAUCCGCGCCACGACAAGUGGCUGUCGACUUUCCCCAGGGCAAGCACUCUCAAACAAGGGUCUCAGGGCAAUCAGCUCUUCUGCGAUGUAGUUGAGAAUGAUGGUCAGGAGAAAGUGUCUAGCCUUGUCACCAAUGCGUUCGAUACGAGGCGUCCUGGUCCUGAAGGUGGCAGACCUGAUAUAAAGGCCGAAAUCUGGAAUUGGGUGACCUCCGUUCCUGCCACAAAAUCAUUGGUCUCGCAUACCCUCAAUGCUUCCUUGUCGCAAGGAACGCGACCCUGCAGAGACAAGAUAUGCAUUAUUGUCUCCGGACCAGACGGCCUGGUCCGGGACGUCAGGAACGUCGCGGCUCAGCUUGUCCCCGAUGGCUGGGGUAUUGAAGUCUGGGUUGAGAAGUUCGGAUGGUAAUGACUUUCACGUGUGGAAUUAUAUGAAUGGGGUAGACACUGGCGUUUCUUGCUAGAAUCGUAAUUCAAAUGGGAUCUCCCAAAU